CUUGCAUCAUAUUACGCAUUAUCUAGUUGUCUACGAAGUGUUUAAACUGUGUUGUCAUCUUUCUAUAAAGUUUUUUUACAUAAAUAUUUAUUAAUUCAUAUUUUCUAUCGUAUAAAAGGUUAAUUUAUUAUAAUCAAAAAUGACUAACAUUAUUAAAAGUGAGGAUCAAGUUCUCGUACUGUUAGGUGAUGAGGUUACUUUUGAUGGAAUAUCGAAUUUUGAUAGCAAGAUCAAAACCCUUGUCUGCAAGAUCGAUCAAAUUUCAAUCAUCCCUACAAAUGAAGUUAAAAAAGCCAACUACAACAGAUCUUCCAUCGAUGUGAUUAUAUUGGUUCUCAAGAAACCAUUAUUACAUGAUAACGAAAUGUUCGUAGAAUUGUUAAAAUUAUUGAAAGUCAAUGGAAAAUUAAUAAUCUACGAGCCACUUUUGUUAGAAAGUACACCAGAGUCUGAUACAACAUUUAAGAAUAGAUUAUCAAAAUUAAAGCUAUCUGGUUUUAUAGUAAAAGAUACACAACCUAAAAAGUUAGAUGUUGAGAUUGCUGAACUACUGCCUAAUUUAUUCGAAGAUGUUUCUAAUGUUUAUGAGAUAAUUGCACAGAAACCAUCCUUUGAGAUUGGAUCCAGCAUGCCUUUAACUUUCAAAACAAAACAAACAAACGUAUGGAAACUAAACAAUAUCGAAGAUUACUUAGAAGAAGAUAAUUUAACAGAUGAGAAUGACUUAAUAAACGAGGAUGAACUUUUAGAUGAAGAUGACAUCGUCAAACCAGAUAUUACAAGUUUAAAAGUCUGUGGUACGACAGGUAAACGAAAAGCAUGCAAGGAUUGUUCUUGUGGAUUAGCAGAAGAAUUAAAUGGUAAGGCUGAAAAUCAAGGAAUUCAAAAAUCAUCGUGUGGUAAUUGUUAUUUAGGUGAUGCUUUUCGUUGUGCGAGUUGUCCUUACCUUGGUAUGCCAGCAUUUAAACCUGGAGAAAAAGUAGUUUUACAUGAAAAUCAAUUAAUCGUUGAUACAUAAAUAGAAUUAAUUUAAAACCGUACUGUCUAAUGGCAGACAUUACGUUGAUGUCACGUGAAAACUAUUGAGGGAUAAAACAACAGUAAAUCGAUGAAUGAAUGUUGAUCAUCAUAUUUCACAGACGAGACAUAGUAUUAUUAAUAAUCUUCUUUUUUCUUUUUUUUUAAUGAUUAUAAUAAAUGAAUAAUUAAUUUAUCUAUUAAAAUAUUUCAAAUGAUUAGCAUGGUGAUUGUUAUGGUAGUUAUAAUAUAUUUGAAUAUUAGUUUACAUUUAAACUCCCCCUUCCCGUUGUCUUAUAAUUUAAGUUUCAAUGGUAAAAUACAGCAAGCAAUCAACAGGUUGGUUACGUGUAAGUAAAAUUAUUUGAAGAUUUGUUUAAAUCAUUCAAAAAGGUUGGUUACAUGUAAAAUCAUUUGAAGAUUUGUUUAAAGCAUUCAAAAUUGUGCACAGAAUGUGUACACGUCUUAUUACAAGUCUGACUUGAGUGUUGUUUCUAUUGGUACAAGGGUUAAAUAUACGAAUAUUAAUUAAUAUAAAUAUAUAUGGGA